AUGGGUCGACCGAAACUGUAUCAUACUCCUGAAGAAUGUAGAGAAGCCAAACGAAUGCAUGGACAUUCAUAUUAUGCACAGCAUCAGUCUAUCAUUAAUUUGAAGCGCAAAUCCAGAUAUCACUCUCAACGGGCCAGGCAGGACAAGGGGAAUGUUUCACUGAGCCCAUCUUCAAUGGCUGGCGGACCGACGAAUAAAACGCACCACAAGCAAGAUUGUUUGACGACUUAUCUUGGAGGCCAACCUCGUGAAGUUAUUGGUGGCCUGUUGCUGGAGUACUUGGACACCAAGUCGUCAGAGAAACUUCAGGCGGUCAUAGGAGUGAUAGAUGAGAUAUUCGUCAAGACUCAGCAGGUGGAAAAUGACUUACUUGUGCAGGGAAUUAGUACUGGCAAAAGGUAUGCCAAGGUCAGUCUUGCCACAAAAACUGUCAAGGGCGUGCUCUCUGUGCUGGAGGAUGUGUUAUGUGAUGUUCUGGUGGACGAUACAGACUUGCGAGAGAAGUAUAACACAUCAGCAAGUCCGCUCCAAGUUCGACUCCCAGUCAGCAGGUCAGCUCUAAGUCCACCUCCUGCUGGUCAGGCCACAGCCAAGUUCUGGAGCGGGCAUCAAACAUACCUCCAAGUCUUUUUUGCUUGGUUCACUUGGUGGCCUGAGUGCGAUAUGUACCUUGCCGGUAUCAUUUACCAGGGUGGGGAGCUGAAGAUUAGCAGGUUGGGGGAGGCCAUAAUCCAGGCGCGGAUACCAAAACUGCCGAGAGUUGAUCCAGAACUAUUUCGUGUGCAGAAAGGCAGCCCACAUUCGACAUGCGCAGUGCAGCGAAUGACCUGCACAACAGCGGCCUCGGAGAUGGAGAAACUACUUGGUGAUGUGGCUGGAUGCCAAAAUUGCUUCUUUUUCUGGCCGAAGAUCAACCAGAAAUUCUUCGCUGAAUGGCUGAUCCACAAACAAUUUUUCCCCGACGUCGAGAAUGAGAAUGAUCUAACUGAUGAACAAAAGGAGGUGAUUAAGGAGCCACUGAAACAGCGAAAAUUUGUGCAUACCAUUGUUACAUUAACAAAGUCUUUGCUGACCACUAGUCGCAGCAAAUCAUGUGCUGGUAUCGCUGGCAAACAAAUCCAACGCUGUCUUGCGCAUUCGGGCGGAUCCAGGGGGGUCCUCAGCAUUGAAGAAGUACUUGUAGGAGGCAAGAAAACAAAGGGACCACGGGCACUGAAGGAAGUGGAGGUUUACUCCCAAAUGUACUAUGCGGACAACGUCAAGCAGUCAGCCGACGAGGUGAUUGCAAAGGGAAACAUCACCUCUCAUGGUUCCAAGCUCCUUGUACGUCGUGAGAUCACCGCGGAGAAAUACAAGGCAGAGUCGAGCACUGUAAAGGACAGAGUUAGGAAGAAGCACAAAUUGUUGUGCAAGAAGUUUAGGAAAGCUCGCAAGAUUGCGAGAGCCAAGAUAAGGGAAGAGGUAGACGAUGAGACAAAGAUGAGUUACCACCUUGGAGAAUGCACUACAGGAGGGCAAUUCUCAGACUUGUAUGAUAGAUAUGGCAAGGUGCUUAGGGCAUAUGCGAGGUUUGCAGAGAAAAGUGUUGAGUAUGAAGAAACUCUACCGGCUGUUGAGCAGGACAAUGCCAGUGACCUUGAUGAUGACUCAGAUGAGUCAAGCGAGGAUGACUCUAGCAGUGAGGUUGGUGAGAGAGAGAGAGAUGAGGUCGCUGAGACGCUGAAGGACUGGAUUCCUGACAACUUUAAUGCAUCACAGCCAAAUGGUGUGCAGGAGCAUGAACCACGCACUGAUGGUAUUGACUAUGACAGUCUUCAACGUGCCGACUACAACGCUGCAUUGGCUCUUCUUGAGACAUCUCUGAAAGACCUAGGGGGAUGUGAAGUGCUGAUCCCUCCAUCUGAUGCGUCUGUGUCUCAGCCAUCUCAGCCAGCCCCGUUGAUCCCUGUGUCUGCAUCCCAGCCAGCCCCGGUGAUCCCUGUGCCUCCCUCUCCUGCGAUCCCUCCUCCUACGCCUCCCUCUCCUGCGAUCCCUGCACCUCAGCCUCCUACGCCUCCCUCUUCUGCGUCUCAGCCAGCCCCAGUGAUCCCUGAAUUUGCGUCCCAGCCAGCCCUGCCAGGCCCAGUGAUCUCUGCGCCUCAGCCAGCCCCAGUGAUCCCUGCACCUCAGCCUCCUAUGCCUCAACCUCCCACACUUCCUACUAAUCCUGCAUCUCAGCCAGCCCCUGCUCCUCUUCCAGAGGAUGAUCAACCUGUUCAACGUACUGGUAGGGCAUGCCCAUCAGUCCCUUUUAACCGGUGCGAACUUGACAAUGUCAUUGGUGGAAACUCAAAACAGGGCAGCAAGCACAAAGGCGAGGAUGUAAUUCAUGGGUCUAAAAAGUCAAAGACUUUGUAG